UAAACUCUACUCUGAGUUUCAAAUACUCAAGCUGAGAGUCUUGUGAUUCCUGAAUUACAUAUUCUAGAUGACCAUGUUGUAAAUCAGUGAAAAUAUAAACCUCCUCUGAGCUUCACACAGGACUGGACACGAGGCCAAGUCUUUGAGAUAGAAGUUGGACUUUGACUCUGGAGUCAUCAUAUAAAGCAGCGGAGAGGGAAAAGGAGGCUGUUUUACCUAACAGAGGGAAGACGAGAGAACAAAGCCAUGGCCACGUGGAGGACAGUGGGAGCUCUACUGCUGAUAGCACAUGCUGUGUUUGGCCAGAAAACCAUCAGAUGGUGCACCAUCUCAGACCCAGAGCAGAGGAAAUGUCAGGCCAUGUCGCAGGCUUUCGCCAGCGUCUCCAUCCGUCCGUCUCUGAGCUGUGUCGGCGCAGGGACAAUCGAGGGCUGCGUUCAGAAACUACAGAGAAAAGAAGCUGAUGCCUUGUCCAUGUUUGCCAAGGACAUCUACACCCUGGGGAAGACUGCCUCCUUCAAGGUGGCUGCCAGUGAAACAAAGGCUGACCGUACUGGUGCCGUCUACUAUGCAGUUGCUGUGGUGAAGAAAGCGAACUUUGCCAUCAACAUCAACAACCUAGCAGGAAAAAAGACCUGCCACACCGGAAAAGGCCGAACAGCUGGCUGGAACAUGCCUCUGGGAUACUUCAUAGACCAGGGUUACAUGUCUGUGAUGGGCUGCGGCAUCUCACAGGGUGUGGCAAAUUUCUUCAAUGCGAGCUGUAUCCCCGGAGCAAACACAUCUGAGGAUCCUCCGUCUCUGUGUCAGCUGUGCAUUGGAGACACGAGCGGAAACUUCAAAUGUGAUUGGAGUAACAAGGAGAGAUACUUCAGCUAUGAAGGAGCUUUCAGAUGUAUGGCUGAAGGUGCAGGAGAGGUGGCCUUCAUCAAACACACGACUGUCGAGGAGAACACUGAUGGUCGUGGCCCUGUGUGGGCGCAAGGACUGAAGUCAUCUGAAUAUGAGCUGCUGUGUCGUGAUGGCACCAGAGCUCCAGUCUCUCAGUGGAAAACAUGUCACCUGGUCCGUGUCCCAUUCCGUGGCAUUGUGGUCGCCAAUGACAUCACUCCCUCUGUGGUGUUUAACAUGCUGACGGAGGGGCUGGAAAAGUCGGGCUUCCAGAUGUUUUCAUCUGCUGCGUAUGGAGGAGGAACUGUGCUGUUCUCCGAGUCAUCCAUCAUGUUUCAGGGGGUGGAAUCAGAGGACCACAAGAAGUGGAUGGGCAGCAAUUAUUAUAAUGUUCUGCGUGCCAUGGACUGUAAACCAGAAAGUGCCCUGCGGUGGUGUGUGUUGUCCAGCGGUGAGCAACAGAAGUGUGCUGAUAUGGCUGUGGCCUUUCAAAGUAAACAUCUGACUCCGGACAUCAAAUGUGUCCAUGGGGACUCUGUGACUGACUGCAUGAAUAAAAUCAAGAACAACGAGGCUGAUGCCAUCACUCUGGAUGGGGGUUACAUCUACACAGCAGGCAAAGACUAUGGCUUGGUUCCUGCAACUGGCGAGAGCUACACAGAUGACCGUGAUGGCUCCAUGUACUAUGCAGUUGUGGUGGUAAAAAAGAAUAGCUAUGACAUCCGUAACCUUGACGACCUGCGUGGCCGUCGCUCCUGUCACACAGGAUACGGUCGCACCGCUGGAUGGAACGUUCCUGUAGCGGCGCUGAUGGAGAGAGGCUUGAUCACCCCUAAGCAGUGUCAGAUACCUCAAGCGGUGGGCGGGUUCUUCAAGCAGAGCUGUGUACCAGGUGCCAACCAGCCUGGUUUUCCCAACAACCUGUGUGACUUGUGUGUGGGAGACAACACAGGGAAGAGCAAAUGUGAAAAGGGAAAAGACCUGUAUGAUGGAUACAACGGUGCCUUCAGGUGUCUGGCGAAGGGAGAUGGCGACGUGGCUUUCAUCAAGCAUUCUACUGUCUUCCAAAACACUGACGGUAACUCUGGAGAAUCGUGGACUGUAGGUCUACAAUCUACAGAUUUCCAGCUGCUCUGUUCUCAGGGCGCGAAAGCCGAGGUCACGCAGUACAAACACUGUAACCUGGCUAGAGUCCCUUCUCAUGCUGUAAUGGUACGACCAGACACCAACAUCCACGCUGUCUAUGGACUCCUGGACCGCGCUCAGACAUAUUUCGGCAGUGACACAGGUACUGGUUUCAAGAUGUUUGACUCGAACGGCUAUCAGGGAACAGACCUCAUCUUCAAAGACUCCACUGUCCGCCUCGUGGGUGUCGGUGACAGAAAGACCUUUCAGGAGUGGCUGGGACAGGGCUACAUGGACUCACUGGUAGAAAUGGAAUGUAAUUCAUCAGCUGCAGUGAUGUCCUCUGCAUGGCUGCUGCUGGUGGCCCUGUUCAGCUUCAUGCUGACCAACCUCUGGAUGUAAAGGCACAAUAUGACCCAGGCAUCCUGCGUCUUCUCCUACUCCCUUCCUCACCUUUUUUUCUAAUCCUUUCCCCUUGCUUUUCUGGAGAUCCACUCCUUCUAUCCAUGAAUGUUUUUUUUUGUUUUAUUGUAAAAUUGCGUAGCUUCUACCUGAUUGUAUGAUGUUUUGAUGUAUGUGAGGGUGGCAUGUUGGAACUACCUUUGGAUUUGAAUUGCGCUACUGUUGUAGAAAAUGAAGGACUUCUUUUUAGUGGCAGAGAAGAGUUAGAUAGAUGAGAGAAGGUGUUACUACCACUGUGUUUACUGAAGGUGAGCUGCCAUAUCAGUGCGUAUGCUGCCACCUGUUACAUUGCUUUAGUGGUUAGUGCCUCCUCCGAAGCUUGUUUUACAAAGAACAGCCAAUAUGAUUUUUAAUGUCACAUGAGCUACAGAAAAUGCUUUAACUUCUGGUUUAACUCUCUGAAGCCUAGUUACUUAAACUGCAAUGAUCACUUAAACUGCAUAUCUAAAAGUGCAGUUUUCAGGUCAGUGAGCUUUGUCCAAGUUUUGAUAUUUCUGCCUCCACCUCAAUACAAAAGGAAGUGAAACAAAUCAUUUGUGGAGCUCACAGCAUUGAGAAAAAAUUACAUUACUUCUCCCCAUUAGUUUGGAUUAUCCACACAACACCCUCUCAGUAGUUUCUAUAGGGAAUUAGUAAGUAGUAGUAGUAGUAGAAAGUAGUUCUAGUCAAAAUAGUUCAGUGUCUGGGAAUUAUCCAGAAAAUUCUGUUGAAUUGCUCUUGAAUUUGUAAUUUUAACUUCUCAGUGAUGUGAGCACCAUCUACAGUACAUCCAUUGUAUUGGAGUAGGUACAAACCUGGACAAAUAACAACAACAUUUACAAACUUACUGGAGGUAAAUGUGUUGUUAUGUGGGUGGACUGGCCCUUUAACCUAAGGAGCAGUAACUUCAGUAAAAUGGAUAAAAUGUAUCCAGACAAAAAUAUAUCAUUACAUCUUUAAAGCUUUUUCUUCUGGUACCUUUAAGACUCUAACCCGCUGUAACUGAUCCAAGUUCAGUUUCCCCAUUUGCAAAGGCUUCAUGUGUAUUUAGAAGUCAGAUUGUUGUUCUGCUCUGCUGCUCUUUGCUCUGUGAGUACUACUAACAGACAUGGCCUUGUCUGAGUUCAGGCUGUGUAUCUUACUAUAAGCUAAUGCCAUAUCAGUGAAUAUGCACUAGUGUUGCCUCCACAGAGAGCUGUGUUGGGGAUGGUGUGAUGAUGAGUGAUUGAGUUUUCAUCCAUAGGCUGUUGGCUUCAUGUAUUCUCCUCAAAUGCUUUGAAAUUAAAGAGAUAAAUGAUUUAAUUCAUACAGUGUACAGUGUAACUCAGCAUUCAUUUGAGCCCGCCUGCAGCUCAACAUCUAAAUCUUUUGCUGCAUUAUUUUUUGGCUUUUCACUUAUUUCCGUAACUUAUCUGAAACUGUGUAGACACAAAUGGAGUGAGUAACUCUAACACACUGGUUUGGGGAGAACAUGAAGAAAACCUCCUGUGGUUUGUGAUGGAGAGUGAAUGAGUUUUUGUUUGUCUGGAUGGUAUAAGUCAACAAAGAGAAUGUGUCAGGUGAAGAAAAACAACAGGGUUUUAAUACUGGUUAAUUUCCUGGUAAAAAAAAAAAAA